CGUUAUUAGGUCAAAUCGUCGAUUGAACUUGCCUGGGCAACUUAACAUGUACGUAAAUGCAGCAUUUCUACUGUUACUUCAAGUACAUUUUUACCGAACUGAUGGUAUAGAAACUAGUGAAGAAGACUUCUGUAACAAACAUGUCACCUGCAGUGAAUGUCUCAGAUUUCCGAACUGUUCUUGGUGCACUAAAGAAGACUUUAUUCCAUUUCGUUGUGGCACACGAAGCUACCUUACUAAACAUGGAUGCGGCCCUUUAGAUAGUGAACUACCUGAAAGUAGUAAUAGCAUUUUGAAGAAGGAAGACACAACUCAGGACAGUGGUGCUCUGCUAAACCCUGUUUAUGUCGAAGCUGACCUAAGUGUAGCCAUACCUAUGAAUAUUACCUUGAAAGUCCACACGAAAUUUCCUCCGGGACAGCAUACCAAAAACACUACCAUUGAAGUUAAAAGUAAAGGAGAUACUUCGGAUAUUGAAGUGCGAUUUUUUUCUAGUUGCAAAGGUAUCAAUGUCACAGAAACCAAUAAAUGUGACUUUAUAAUGGAUGACGAUAAGGUGGAAUUCAAAGUCCAAUUGUCGUUGAAAUCCUGUAAAAAAAAACCUUCGGAAUGGAAAACAGAUCUUUCAGUUUAUCCUGAAGGGUUUAAAAGUUUAUUAAAGAUUGCGGUUACUCUGAAAUGUGGAUGUGAAUGUGAAAAGAAAAUCUAUGGUGCUGUUGUGCGAAGUGAAAAGUGCAGUUACAAUGGAAAUUUUUCAUGUGGAAUGUGCACCUGUGAUUCGGGUUUUUUCGGAAAGUUUUGCCAAUGUAACAGGGAAAAGGAGCUAGACCCCUGGAAAAUGCAUUGUCGUAAAAGUCUGACUGACGUCAGUUUGUGUUCUGGACGUGGACAAUGCUCGUGUGAUGGCUGUUAUUGUGAUGUUCGAACAAAUCCUGAAGAGCGUGUGUAUGGACAGUACUGUGAAUGUGACAACUUCAGUUGUGAUCGGUACAACUCAGAAAUAUGUGGAGGACCAGACAAUGGUGAAUGUAACUGUGGCAAAUGUUUUUGUAAGGAAGGUUGGUCGGGAACGGCUUGUGAAAUCACAGAUUCUACUGACGGCUGUAUAGGAAUUGAUGGGAACAUAUGCAGUAAUAAUGGAAUUUGUCAGAAUGGACACUGUGUUUGUUUUGAUGGAGUAGGCCAUGGUGCGUUUUGUGACGUCAUGCAGUUUCAGAGCUGUGAUGCUUAUAAAUCAUGCGUGGAAUGUAGAGUUUUCCAGUCAGGACCACUCACUUCAGACAGGUGUCUCAAAGAUUGUGAAAAUAUCUCCAUUCAUAUUGUAGAGGAAUUACAAACUACUAAUGACGAAGUCCUUUGCCAAUAUAUUGAUCACGACUCAUGUUACUUCUAUUUCACGUAUUUAUCUACAGAGAUUAACGUGGUGAAGGUACAGCGGACAAAAGCUUGUCCACGAAAUAAUUUGACCUCGAAGCCCCAAAUCAACACUACAAUCACUCAGUCUCCGACACCAGGUGGAGUGUCAUCAUUGCGUCUUCAUUAUCAUAAUUAUGUUUGGACUUUCCUUACUAUGAUUUUGAUUAUUCUGACGAUAAAAUAACUUUUAUCACUUAUUGUUUGCUUGUUUGUUUUGAGGAGAAUUUCAAAUACUUAAUUUCAGAUUAAUAUUAAUAACAAUUCUCUGAUGAUAGAAUGAUAUAUGUUAUAAUUUAAAGAAGGUACUGCUAUAUUAUUUUGGUUAUUUAGAUGUUCGUAUGACAUCGUUAGAAUAUUGGAAUCUUGUGUUUUGAAAACAUACUGGUGAAACGUUUGGUUAUAAACCUACAUCAAGUCAUCAACAUCAGUUAAAUUUAUUUGACCAGUUUAAUAAAUCUAUUACAUUAUUCGAUUUUAGUAGAGCAUAAAAUACAAAAUAAAUUAGACAAGUGAACAAUGAAUGUUGGUUUCUUUAGACUCGUGUGAUCAGGACGAAAAUGUUAAUAUUUCAUUUAUUUCUUUUGGUUAAUUUAAUUUACAAGCCAAACAAGUUGUUUCAAACUCUAGCAAAAUAAUUGUAUAAUUGUACACAAGGAAUUUUUUCAAAACCUAAACUCCUUUUCAAUAAGCUCAAAUAAUAUAAUAAUUCCAUAGACGUUUACUUUAUAUUAUUCACUUUAAAGUUACUUAACUUUUCUAAACCAGUUACAAAUGAUGUAAUGUUCUGAGGUUUUAAUAGUGUAAAUGUGUUAUGUGUAUGUUUUUAUUGAAAUGUUUUUAAAUGGUUAUCAUAAAUAUUACUGAAUACUAAAUAGCUUGGUUUGUUGCUGAAAACAUGAUUCAAGAGCCUUUUUACUUUUUCCUAAUAUUAACUUCUGUUAUUUAUUUCAUACAUCCUAAACAACGGUUGUAAUAUGAACUCUUACUUUUUAGAGUUCAAACUUUUCCAAUGUUUUUAUUAGUUCAAAUUUACAUUCUUUAUUAGUUUUUUUAUUCUGCUUUUUGCAUUUUUUAGACUUCUCCGUAAAUAAAAAACACACUCAAAAGAUGUAAAAUAUAUUUAACAUAAUUUUAUCAGAGAGUUUUAUGUAUAAUCUGUUUUUGAAUAACAGCUCAUGAAAUAUAUUUACCUUUAUGUAACGUUACUGGGUUAAAUUGUGAAUUUUUAUAAGUUAGUGUAUUUAGGAAUAGUUUUCUAUACAGCAAAUGUGAAUAAUAAAGUGUAUCAAUGUAAUAACAAACUGAAAAAAAAAUAUAUUUUUUAGCUUAUCCGAGUUAUUGACUAACCUCACAUACGAUUAUUCAAAAAUUAAUAUUUUUGGUGUUAUAACUGAAGCGUUCUAAUAUCAUUUUCUUAGUAUAACUCCUAUCAUAUUCAUACCCUUUCUACGUUAACUACGUAUGAAAUGAAAAUUAUAAGCAAGCCCAAUUUUUUAAAUAUCGUGUUAAACAAGAGUACCACUUCACAUCUAAAAUUGUUUUAUAUAAAGAAGAAAGGGAUUCUCGGGAUAUUUAAGAGCUUUUCUGUUUCUCAUCUACAUUUGCUGAAAAAUAACUUAUUGACUGAUCAAACGUAAUGUUAUUUCUUUGGUUUUCAUACAUAAAAAGACCAUUUUUCAGGAAAUUGGUGAAACAUUUGGAAAACGGUAAAAAAAUCAUCUAUAUAAAAGUAGCAAAUAAACAAUAACAACUAGAUGAGAAAAUGCAUACAACAAAAUUACAGUUAAUUUGGGAAAAAACAGGCACGUUUUGUUAUUAAAGUAAAAUCGAUCACUAUGGUAAAAUGAUUUUAAGAAAGUCUACUAUUUAAGGAAUAAAAAAGUAUUAGAUCACUAA